AUGAAGUUCACUACCCUUGCCAACGUCUUGGCUCUUGCCUCCAGUGCUCUGUCAGCACCGGCUGUGGCUGAGAAACGCGCCGAUUCGUUCCAGAUUGGUGCUUACGGUGUUGAAUCUUCCGUCCUCACGCUUUUCUACUCUGAUGGAAUCGCUUAUUUCGGUGAUUCGUCGGCAUGGACCUGGGGAUCCGUCACUACUGAUGUCACAUUCGUGUACAGUGACAGCGAGAUCGUUGCUACCGCCACCACUGACGGCGUGACUCUUGAUGCUGACACUCUCUUCUACAUCCGUCCUACUGCGGACGAAGUCCUUCCAGUUGGCUUCACUGGCAACGGCAUCGAGACCCCAUCUGAUGCAGUCAGCAAUAGCUGGAUCUUCUAUGGCAACUGGCCGAUGUAUGAGGAAACUAGUGGCUCCCUUUCCGACUCAUUCCGCGUCAAGGAGACAAAUGUCACUGGUGUUUACGAGGCCUACUUUGACUACUCGAACCUUUACCCGACUGGUUACAGUAUCGCCAAUGUCCGGAAGCUGUAA